UUGAAAACAAACGCUAUUUCUGCUGCGACCGUGGAGGUGCGCGCAUUCAUGGCACUCUCCGCAUUAACACACGCACGUUGCCAUGAUCCCACCUGUUAAUAAUUUUUAAAAAAUACACGUAUCAUGACAAAAACUCUUCGAGUUUUCGAAAGACUAAUUUGAGUUGCAUAAAAAUAAACUGUAUUUAUUGAAUAUCAAACGAAAAAGUGACAAUUGCGAUAUCAUCUGUGACAAAUGUGCAGUGAUGUGACAAUGUGUGUGGAUGGUGAUUUUUUGGAAUUUAAAACGGGAGAAGGAGAGCAUGAAUUUUCUGAUUGAGAAAAAUUGCAGGAAUUAAAGAAUUAAGGAUCUGCAAGAUGUGGUGGAUGGCUUUAGCAUUGGUCUGGUGGAGCGGUACCUCGGCAAUACCAUCCCCAGGUCCACAACCACCUCCUGAGGUUUGGAAAUGCCCUGUAAUAGCAGAACAACCCAUAGUAGAGUGUAGUUGUGAUAUGCCACAUACUCUUAGAUGCACUGGAGAUCGAACUGCAAUGGAAAUUAUUGGUCGAACUCUUCGCUCUUUAACUACUGCAUAUGUGUCUCUACUGGACUGCACAGUUCAAAACGUUACAUCCAUUUCCGAACCCCUUCUUGAAGGAGUUUCCCUUCAUGGCCUGGUGGUAUCAUCAGGAGAAAUAAAAUAUAUUGAUCCGAAAGCUUUUGGAAGUCUAAAAGCCCCCUUGCAGGCUCUGGGUCUGCCCAAUAACCAGCUAACAGCUGUACCUACUCUAGCUUUAAAAUCCUUGCCUGAACUGGAUAGGCUGGAUCUUUCAGGAAAUAGAAUGAAAACGAUUGAUGCAAACUCGUUUAAGGGUCUAAGAAAUCUAUCGUUUAUUGACUUAAGCGACAAUUUAAUAACAAAAAUUGCAUCAAACACUUUUGAGAAUCUUCCCCAGCUUAGAAUAAUUCGAUUACGAGGCAACAGAUUAACCCUACAAUCUCUGUCUGAAUUCAACCCCACAUCCACCAUAGAGGAGCUCGAUAUUUCUGGAAACAACCUCAUUGGACCUUUGGGACCAAAAACUUUUCCUAAAAUGCUUCAACUCAAAGAUCUGCAACUAUCACAUAACUCGCUAAGCAGCAUAAAAAUGGCUGCCCUUCAAGGUUUAAUAAAACUUACGUCACUGAGACUCCAUCAUAACUCCAUAGAUGUUAUUGAAGAUCACGCCUUCAGAAACUUAACCAACCUGGUGAGUCUGGAUCUCGCUCAUAACAGAAUAGUCGCUGUAUCAGGGGCUUCUCUAGCUCACUUAGAGUUAUUGACCGAGCUGGAUCUAAGGCAUAACUUCUUAAGAGCACUAACGCCAGACCUGGUGCUUCCCUUGAAGAAACUGACUACUUUAAAACUUGACGAUAAUGACAUAUCAAUUGUAGCUAGCGAUGCUAUUAAAGCUACGACAGUAUUAAAGCAUCUAACUUUAUCAGAGAAUCCAUUAAACUGUGAUUGCAGUUUAAGCGAAUUUGCAAAUUGGCUUAUGAAUUCGACCCUUUCGAAAGAAGACAAAUCCACGGCUGUAUGUACUACCCCUCCUUCCUUGGAGAAUGGAUUACUCAUUGAUGUUCCUGCAGAAAAUUUAUUAUGUGGCGAUGACGAGCAAGAGAGUCUUAUGGCGCCAUAUGCCAACCCCUACAAAGCAAGAAUCAAUCUUAACAAUUUUAAAUACGAUGGAAGCAAAAUUAACUUAAAAUGGAACGUGGAAGAUGAAGCAUCGCCAUAUACUUGCGAUAAAAUAUUCGUUUAUGAGGAAGAAGGUGAAAACGAAGUUCUUAUUGAAAAUAACUCUAUCAACUGUGACUCCUCUGAACUUCCUGAUCCCACAGUACUUAAUAUAACAGUACCAAAUACCAUUGAGCUCAUAGAACAGCACAGAUAUAGGUACUGUAUAGCUUUAUUUGAAGCCGGCCAAUCUGAUGAUGAAUCACUUAUACUUGGGUGCUCGGAGGUGAUUCCUUUAGUAAGGAAUGCUCAAGUACAACCGAAAAACGACUAUUCAAUGAAACUUUCCAAAGUUCUGGCAAUUCAAGCUAACCUAUCUUCCUAUGGAAGCUUAAACAUAGACGUGAACGUAUUUCCUCAAAGCAAAUGCGAAUUGAACAUUGCAAUUUUGGAACAAAGUUCCUUGUUAUCACAGAGAAAAAUUAAUUGUACUGAACCUAAGUACACUUUUAUUGGCCUAAACCAUGGUCCAUAUAGAGUAUGUGCAAACGUGAUCAGACCAGGUCUAGCCAUUGAUUUGGCCAAGCCAAAAUGCAUCACGGUGUUUAAAAAAGAAAGCAAAGGCUUUACUGGUUUGGACGUUGCUUUUGUAUCCAUAUUUUUGGUGUUGUUUUUUAUGGUAAUUGCUUUAAUUUGGGGCGUAAGAAAAAUUCUGUUAAAGCCCAAAGUGCAGACUCAUCAAUGCUUUUUGCCACCAGAAUUCGAAGAGCAACAGCAUAGCAGAUAUGUUAAAUUACAAGCAACUACCAAGUUAUAAAGUUUUGUGAUUGUAUCGUACUUUCCUAGUGCCAUAUCGACUUUGAUUAAUAAAAAGUAUUAAAAUCUUAACGUCUAUUAACCAAAUUUGUAGAAUAUUAAUACUAGUUUUAAGUUCUGUACAUAACAUUAAAUAUUUAAUAAAUGCAAAAUAAUUAAAACUGACACUAUAUUAAAAAGUAUUUUUGUUGUAACUGUGUCGUCUUUAAUAUUUGUAUAUAGUUAAGUUUAAGUUUAACAAUACGUUAUAUAUCUUUAUUUUAUUUU